AUGGGAUCCUCGUAUUCCACAUCUGAGGAUGUCGACUCUAUUCGAAAUGAACCUUCAGCCUCCCAUGAAGAAAAUCAAAUGUACUAUCCAAGAAACUCAGCAGAUGCCGUUGAGAGCUUCAACAUUCUCCGACAAAAGCUGCCAUCUGAACUCGUCCUGGAGAUUCUAGAAUUCGCAGAGCAUUGGGUGUUAUCUGCUGUCUACAGAGAAGACAGCCUGGAUUAUAAUGAAAAUGACUGUCGUGAUCGAAUCCCAUAUUUGACAUCUGAGCCCAUCCAAGGGGAACGAUUUCCCGUUCAAGAGAUCAAAAUCAACAUCUGGAGCCAUGAUCAAGGAUGGAGCAGUUAUCGCGAGGAUCAUGGCACAUUCAGAAACUCUUGGACGUGGUUCGAUCUCGGUAUCGAAAGACCACCAGGACGAGAUGAUAUUUCCAAAGAUGAAGAUCUACGUUUGGCGACCAAUGUCCACGCGGGACGCGAAGCCAUGAACCACCAGAUUACGUAUCGGAGGGAUCAUAAACACUGCUGGAUGGAAAGUCUUCAAGCGGGUGAUCGGAUUUCGAUUGUGCCUCGGGCGCGCUUUCCUGGCUGGCGCAAUACCGUGGAAAAAGCUUCUAUUGAGGUUUACACCAGCCCUGUUUUGUGA